GACACAUGCGACACCGCUUUGGCGCCGCGCUGGGAGUCGAGAGCUGGGAGACACUGGUCCUACGCGAUGCCGUGGGGGAGCGAGCUCUCCGAAAGCCGGUUCUCGAAGUAUAAGAUUCUGGAGCUUGCUCACGAUGGAUUCCUCAGACUCUUGGUUCUCCAGGCACUCAAUUGGCUCAGUUCUCCCAUCCACUGCUUUUGGCCCAAUUCUUGUCCCAGUCCCGAAACUGCGGUCGUAGCCGAACCAACAUCAAGCUCGCAACCAAACUCAACUUUAUUAUUCUCUUCGCCGCUUUUUUCUCUCUCUCUAAUCCUCCUCCUCACAACUCACCAUGGCUUCCCCCAAGCUCAAGGUUGCCUGCGCCGGCCUCGGCCGCAUGGGUGCUCGCCAUGCCCUCAACUUCCACAACCGAACGCCUCGCGCUGAGCUCGUCGCUGCCUUCACUCCUGUGCAGAAGGAGGUCGAGUGGGCUCGCGUUCACCUUGAGGGUGUCACCGUCUACAUGGACUACGACGAGAUGCUGAAGCACCCCGGCCUCCAGGCCGUCGUUGUUGCCACUGUCACCACUGCCCACGCCGAGGAGGCCAUCAAGGCCAUUGAGGCUGACAAGCACGUUCUGUGCGAGAAGCCUCUGAGCACCAGCGUCGAGAUUUCGCAAUCUGUCGUCGACGCCGCCGUCAAGAAGCCCCAUCUCAAAGUCAUGUGCGGCUUCUCCCGCCGCUUCGAUGCCUCGUACCGAGACGCCUUCGCCCGGAUGGAUAAUGGCCUCAUCGGCCGCCCCUCGGUCUUCCGCUCUCAGACUUGCGACAGGCUGGACCCCUCUGGCUUCUUCGUCGCCUACGCCGAGUUCAGCGGUGGCAUCUUCGUCGACUGCAACAUCCACGAUAUCGAUCUUGCCCUCUGGUACUUCGGCCAGGACUCCAUUGUCAAGAGUGUCGUCGCGACCGGUAUUACCGCCGUGCAGCCUGAGCUGCGCAAGCACAAGGAUGUUGACAACGGUGUCGGAAUUGUCGAAUUCUGGGGUGGCAAGGUCGCCUACUUCUACUCGUCCCGUAUGAUGGCCUCUGGCCAGCACGACAUGACUGAGAUCAUCGGUACCGAGGGCAAGCUGUCCAUCAACGCCAACCCCACCGGCACCCUCGUCGAGAUGCACGAGUCCACCGGCAUUCGUCGCGAGAUCCCCCACGACUACUACGGCCGCUUCGAGCAUGCCUUCGUCACCGAGGCGAACGAGUUUACUGCUGCCUGCCUCGACAACAACACGCUUCCCUUCAAGCUGACUGGCGCGGUCCAGGCCGUCAAGAUUGGCUGUGCGCUCCAGGAGAGCUUGAACUCGGGCCAAAAGAUCAACUUCGACGAGACGGGUCGCCGCAUUGAGAGCUCGAGACUGUAA